UUUUCAGAGCCCAACUCCAUUCCUGAUCUUUGGGACAAGCUUCAUGGCGUCAAUGGCGAUGAAAACACUCUGCUCGCACGUCUCUUUCCAUUGGAAUCAACCUCUUUUUCUUCAGGUGAUGCUUACAAGGCAAGCAGACAACCAGUUUCCAUUUAAGAUGACCGCACACCAUCUCACUCUCCAUGCUGCUUCUGGAGUUCAUUUUGGAAGACUAUCAAUACCGUAUGGAAGAAAUUGCAGGCAUAUGUUCGGCCUGUUUUUGCUGUUGGGUCAGGUGAAUUUCAUAUUGAAACAAAGGCUUGAGGUUGUAAUUAGAGGUAAUUUGCAUUUGCUACAACAAGUUCAACCAAGCUGUUCUGGCUAUCAUCGCCUUUUCGUGAGUUUAAGGUUAUGAAGCAUCAAUUUCUGAUCAAAAGAAGGAUGACAUAUAUGGAGGUGAUGUGAAGAUAGUCAUUGUCUUGUGAUGAUGAUUAUUAAGUUUUAGGUAGGAGUGGGCUUGAGUGGAGAGCAAACACAGGAGGCUUUUGAUGACGUUCUAAUGAAUAUGGCUCGCAUGGCACCACCUAUUCUGGGGUUUCAAAGAGGAGGUUCCUAGGAGCUUUCUCUUGCAAAUACUUUGGAAAGAUCAAGUAAUCAAAUUCCUUAUAGAAGAAAUUGUCAGCAUAACUGAAAAUUUGGAGGUAAAGAAUCAAUUGAAGACAACACAAACUGCAGAGGAGCUUGAAUCAACAUUCACCCCUGGAAGCGACUUCAGUUUCAAUGCUACUAUGGAGCUGUUACAAACAGAUAGUGGAGCAACAAACGCAAGCUCUACGUUGUCAUGUACUUCCAGAGGGAGAUUUGAUGCUUGCUUAGCUUGGUGCACACUUGCAUUGUUACAAUUCAUUUCUCUGGUAUUACAACAUUCAUUUCACCUCAAAACUUCCUCGUUAUUAUGGUUACUUGUUCAGUAUCUUAUCUCUUCCUUGGAAACUUUAGAUUGAAUGACUGAUAGGCUAUUAAAUUUUUUAAAGAAAAUACUAAAUAGUCCUCAAUUUUUUUUUUCCCAAAGCGAACUAUUUCAAAGAAUGGUUUUUGUAAGAAUGAUCUGGCAUUUUAUAUUUUUCAGUGUUCUGGUACCAAAAAGAGAUUGUUUAUCCAUACCUAUUUCUUUAUGAUAAUGAUCCUUUUUUUUUUUGGGUGGUGUGUUAUGCCUUCAGCAUCAAUUACAGGUUAUCUCCCUGUUAUUUUGCUAGAUGAACAGCAAUACAAUUCAUAAAUAAUAAAUCAGUGAAUGAAUUCAAUGUUGGUAAUCAAACUCAAUAGGGGCGUUGAAUCCACAUGGUAGAAACACAGCUUGAAAAGCAGAGGGAUUAAGUUAUUAUUUCACAGAAUAUCUUGCUUAACCACAAUCCUCAGCUCAUUUAUUUGUAUGUUUUACCAUUUAUAAAGUUUUUAAAAGCAAAAUGAACUGGCAUGAUCAACGUCUUUGACACACAUCCUAUUAUUUUUAGCAAUUCUGUUUUGACCGAUGAGUUCAAAUUAAAUUUUGCCUGUGAAUUGUCCUUGGAUCUGAUCAUUUGGCUUUUAAUUAUAGAGGGCGUCUAUUGUUUCUAUAAAGCAGUGAGAUCGAGUUGCUUGAGAAUCAUGUGUUUACAUCUGGAUUUCAAUGGCUAGAUAAACUAGAGUUUUAUGUUUUUGCUUUGUUCAACACAAAAGCAAGAAAGUAAUGCCAGGGAACAAAGCAAGUCCUCCACUUUGCUUGAGAAUGAUGAUGAGAAUUGAUGCGUUAAAGGUAGCAGCAUCAAGCCUCUCUUUUGCUUUAUACUAACUUGAAGCCAAGGCAAAGAACUUUGGAAUGCCUAUAUAUAUAUUCAUCUGAAGUGUGAAGAGGAGAGAUGCAAGCAUUGCGAAGAUGGAAGCAGCAGCUCUGGGUCUAGCCGGGAAUGCGGUGGGCAUUCUCUUGCCAAAGCUUCAAGAAACCUUCUCGUCAAUCCUCAAAGUGCGGGACAAUGCCCGCUUCAUCAAGGAUGAAUUGGAGAGCAUGAAUGCAUUCCUCGUAAUGAAUGCUGCCAUGGGUCAAUACACCGAUGAUGAUCUUGAGCUCAAUGUCUGGAUGAGCCAAGUGAGAGGCAUUGCCUACGACAUCGAGGACUGGGCAGAGGAGUUCACUUGGCGUCUAUGCCAGCCUCAUUGGCAUGGGAUCGGUAGUUGCUUUCCUGAUGUGGUCCGCUUCACCAAAGACUUGGUAGCAAGAGUCAAGAUCGCCAAUAAUGUCCACGGGCUCAAGGGAAGAGUCCUUGAGGUGGGUGAGAGAAGCAAACGCUAUGGUUUGCGGGGACGAACAACACAAGAACCUACAAGCUCUUCAAUCAUUGCUCCGGUGGCUCGUAUGCAACAUGACCCACGCUUGGGCGCCCACUUGACUGAUGAUGCGAUGCUUGUUGGCAUGGAUGGGCCAAGGAACACGCUCAUGGAUUGGCUAAUUCCAGGAGAUGGCUCCAUACUGAGAAUCAUCUCUGUGGUAGGCAUGGGUGGACUAGGCAAGACCACUCUUGUCAAAAAGCUCUAUGAAAAUCGACAAGUGAUGGAGCAUUUCCACCGCAGUGCGUGGAUCACUGUUUCACAAACCUUUUCAUUGAAGGUGCUCUUGAGAGACAUGAUCAACCAGCUACUGGGUUCACAAGUGUUUUCUGCUGAAAUGACAGAGGGUCAACUUGUUCAGCAACUUCGGGAUGAACUGAUGAAGUUGAAUACAAGUUACGUGAUAGUUCUUGAUGAUGUUUGGUCCUUGAAUGCAUGGUUGAGUUUCUUUCCAGCAUUACCUGAUAAUAGUUUAGGAAGUAGAAUAAUUGUGACAACCCGAAAUCUAGAUGUCGCAUCUUUUUGCUCUCAAGAGUCUGGUCAUGUCUAUCAUUUAAAACCACUCUGUCCUGAAAAUUCUUGGCUCCUCUUCUGCAAGAAAGCCUUCCCACGCCAUUAUAGUAAUUGUCCACCUACCUUUACACAUUUAUCUAAAGAAAUCUUGGGCAAAUGUGAUGGGUUGCCAUUAGCCAUUGUGACCAUCGGUGGUGUUUUAGCUAGUAAGCCUUUAUUAGAGUCAGAAUGCCAGAAAUUACAUGAUCAUUUGGGCACCUCAAUUAUGUCUCACCAAGGUCUUGAUGCCAUGACCCGAAUAUUAUCUUUUAGCUACUAUGAUCUACCGUACUAUCUCAAGCCACUUUUCUUGUACCUGGCCAUAUUUCCUGAGGACUACCAAAUCAGACGCAAACGCUUGUUGAGGCGGUGGAUCGCUGAAGGACUGGUGCAUGCGACACGAGACAUGUCAACCGAAGAAGUUGCAGAAUGGUACUUUAAGGAGUUGAUGGAUAGAAGCAUGAUCUUAUCCUCAAUCAUCAAUGGUGACACCACGGUUCACUCAUGUCAUAUCCAUGAUAUUAUGCUUGAGUUCACUCUCAACAUGUCUGAGAAAGACAAUCUAGUUUCUAUCAUCACCAGGAAACAACAACCACCAGCACCAGCACCAGCACCGCAAACUCAAGAUGUGCGCGAAGCUCGUCAUCUAGCACUGCAUCAACAUUCCCUACCGGCAAACAUUCAUAAGAACAAAAAAUUAGAGCAUGUUCGAUCAUUAACAGUAUUCUCUGAAGGUAUAGUAUCACUCAAGAACACAAGCCGAAUGAAGCUGCUACGAGUGCUUGAUCUAGAGGGUUGUCAUCUUUCUGAAGUCGAUGGAGACCUUGAAGUCAUCGGCCAGUUCACUCUUCUCAGGUACCUUAACUUGAGGAACACCUCUAUCAGAUCAUUACCAAAAGCCUUAGCGAAGUUGCAGAAUCUUGAAACACUGGAUCUCAGAUGGACAAAAGUGACAGAGAUUCCUCCCCAUAUCACCAAACUUCACAAGUUGGAGUAUCUCAGUGUUGGAGGGUUUGAGCGAGAUCCUUCUGGCGCAUCAUUAACAUGCCACGGCGCUGAGUUGCCAGCUGAAGGGAUGACAGCUUUGAAAGCUCUGAAAACACUGAGCAUGGUGAGCUUCAAAACGAACCCAAGGGAGUUGGGUGAGAUGACCCAACUAACAAAGUUGGGAGCGAAAGAUAUCACCACACCAGAGAAUGCAAUGGCCUUUGUCGAGACACUUGAUAAGCUCAGUGACCAGCUACGCGCACUGAAGGUCAGUUGGAAUUGUGAUGUUCCGUUCUUGGAGGAGGUGUCUCAACCUCCUGUUCAUCUUAAAAGUCUCUGGUUAUCAGGCAUAAUGAUUACUUGUAAGCUGCCAACAUGGAUCGCAUCUUUGGAUCGUGUUUCAAAAAUGGCUUUAGCUCACACUGAACUCGAUGAAGAGGGCAUGCAAGUGCUGCAGAGGUUGCCAUGCCUGAAGGAGCUUGUGCUGUUUGAGAACUCAUAUUUGAAUCAUGAAUUGCGUUUCCUUGCAGGAUAUUUUCCUGUGCUCAAGUUGUUGCAAAUUGAUAGCUUGUCUCAUCUAACAGAGUUCAUCUUUCAUGGUGGUGGACUUCAACUUGAGAUUAUAGAGAUUCUUGCUACCGCAGGGACGACAUAUAUGUUCCAUGGAAGUCACAAACCUUACCCUUGGCCCAAGGAAACAUGCACUGUAAUAACUGUUGUUGCCAGAUUGUCCACGUCCCCCAAUCCCCUUCAGUUGAGACGCUACACUCAACAGCUGGGUGGGCCAGCCUAUGUCCCCAUGACUGGUUUUCCCAAGUUUGAUAAAAGUGUUUGUAUUCGUCUCCGGCACCGAACAAUGGGUUGCUCAAAUUUUCUUUUAGAGUCAAACGGGGACUUGAGCGUGGGCUGUGAUUUGCCUCCCGAAUGUUGUGAUUUUCCAUCGAGCAUCGAAUUGAUGGUGUAUGAUGCUAUGUAAGGCAUACACAGUUUAGUUGAAAAUUUUAAAUAAAACUAUGCAAAAUAAACUGAAAUGUUUUAUGGUA